AUGUGGCUUUAUAAGCUUGAUCCCGAAGGAGACGUUCUACUUACUCUUCAUAACCCCGACGCGCUGUUUGCUGUUUGGCAUGAAGAUUGGGACAAGGAUGGGUCAUCUAUCCACAAGGAUCAGUCAAGCAUAGAACAAAAUGUCCCCCCUCCAGGCGACGAUCCUCAAUCCGAGUCCAACGCGCAUUCCGACAACGAGGCACCGUUUACAGUUCAGUUUCUACUCUCGUCGAAGCAUUUAAUUCUAGCUUCCAAAUAUUUCAAAAGUACUCUAUGUGGUCCCUGGAAAGAAGGAGUCUCGCCUGAUUCGGACAACGUCCGCCAUAUUGAAGCUGAGGAUUGGGGUGUGUAUUCUAUGCUGUUUUUGAUGCGAGUCAUCCAUGGCUACAACAGCAAGGUCCCUCGAGAUCUCCCUCUCGAAACACUUGCUAAGAUCGCUGUCCUUGUCGACUAUUACCAAUGCCACGAGGCAGUUAUGCUAUGGUCAGAUAUAUGGAUCGAAUCCUUAAAAGAAUCAAUUCCGACAACGUUUAAUAGAGACCUCAUCCUGUGGAUCCUCGUCGCCAAGGUAUUUGAGAAAGAUGACUUAUUUAAGAAGGCAACAAAGGUAGCCUUGGAAGACUGCCGGGGCGAAUUACCAACGUUGGACUUGCCGAUCAUGGAGGUGGCUAAUAAAAUUAACGAAAAGAGGCAAGAGUUUAUAAGUCGGGUAUUUGCUCACAUGUACGAUCUUCUUGGACUCCUCCGUGAGCAAAAAAAAGGAUGCUCAUUCGAGUGUUCGUCGAUAUUGCUUGGUGCACUUACUAUACAGCUGCAUGAAAAGGGUAUUCUUGACCGACAACCAACCUUCCCAUAUCCUGGACACAGUAUUUCUUCAGCGACGUCGAUGAUACUAAAUUUUAGGUCACCGUCUGGCAUGUCUUGGCGGCAUCAUAGCCACGCCUGCAAACUCCCAAGUCUUUUCGCCCAUAUUUCGGAUGAACCGGUGGAAGGUCUUGAGCUACUUGCUGUGAAAGAGAUCGGGUCAAAGGGGUCUCAGAAAUCGACUAACAACAAGAACAAGAAAUAGAUUGAUACUGAAUUAACUACAUUAUCAUGGCCUGCUUCACCAACUUGAUAUUGCAGACCCGGCUUUGAGUUGAGCUUUAUCAUGAAUGAAAUGUAAUUCCUAUAUAUAGGUAAUCAUAUAAGUCCAAGUCAC